CGCUGCGAUGGAGCGUAAAGUUGCUCGGGAGUUCAGGCAUAAGGUGGAGUUGCUGAUUGAAAAUGAAGCCGAGAAGGAUUACCUGUAUGAUGUCCUUCGCAUGUAUCACCAGUCAAUGGAUUUGGCAGUGUUGGUGGGGGACCUGAAGCUGGUCAUCAACGAACCAAAGCGUUUGCCCUUGUUUGAUGCCAUCCGACCUCUCAUCCCACUUAAACACCAGGUGGAGUACGACCUGCUCACCCCAAAGAGGUCACGGAAGCUGAAAGAGGUGCGUUUGGAUCGGACACAUCGUGAUGGACUGGGUCUGAGUGUGCGAGGAGGGCUGGAGUUUGGCAGUGGUCUCUAUAUAUCACAGAUGGUCAAAGACGGUCAGGCAGGGAAUGUCGGUCUUCAGGUUGGAGAUGAGAUUGUGCGCAUCAAUGGAUACUCAAUCUCCUCCUGUAUCCACGAGGAGGUUAUCAGUCUCAUCAAGACAAAGAAGAUUGUGUCACUUAAAGUCAGGCAUGUGGGGAUGAUCCCAGUGAAAAGCUCAUCAGAUGAACCUCUUAAGUGGCAGUUUGUCGACCAGUUUGUGUCUGAGUCAGGGGAGAAAAAAAGCAGCAUUGCAGGCUUGGCAUCCAUUGGAGGCAAAGAAAUCAAGGAGAAGAAGGUUUUUCUCAGCCUUGUCGGUACCAAGGGUAUGGGCAUCAGCAUCUCCAGUGGUCCAACUCAGAAACCUGGUAUCUACAUCAGUAAUGUCAAGCCAGGCUCCCUUUCUGCAGAAGUUGGACUUGAUGUUGGAGACCAAAUUGUGGAGGUGAACGGGGUGGAUUUCGCCAAUACGGACCACAAAGAGGCGGUGAGAGUCCUGAAGAGCAGCAGGAGUCUGACUAUUACUGUUCUGACAGGAGCUGGCAGAGAGCUGUUCAUGACAGAUGAGGAGCGUCUUGCAGUGGAGGCCCGCAGGGAGCUGGAUAGGCAGGAGCUGAUGCACCAGAAGAGGGUGGCACUGGAAACCAACAAAAUCCUCAAAGAGCAACAGGAGAAGGAGAAGCAGAGAAAGAUGGAGAUCUCUCAGAAAGCUGCAGAGGAAGAGGAGCGCUAUAAAAAGGAGAUGGAGAAGAUUGAUGCUGUGGAGAAGAAGCACAGCAGAGAGUGGGAAGAGGACUGGGGAGCCAAAGACAGGCCCAAAAGCCCUAAGAGCCCAUCACCCGCCCCACCCGAGUCAAAAUCCACCAAGGCCAAGAGUUCUCCAUUUGGCUGGUUUUAUCGAUAUGAGGGAAAACUGCCGUCACUCCGCAAGAAAGGAGAAAAGAAAAAGAAAAAGAAGAAAGUGUCCAACAUGGACACACUGCAGGAGCAGAGAAAGAACAAGAAGGAGAUGGAGUUUGAGCUGAAACUCGCCAAGGAGAAGGAAGAAAUGUAUGAACGAGAGAAGCAACUUAAGAUCAAUCGUCUGGUGCAAGAGGUUUCAGAGACGGAGAGAGAAGACCUCGAGGAGUCAGAUAAAGUGCAACACUGGGUGGAGCGUCUUUGUCAGACUCGGUUGGAGCAAAUAUCCUGUGUGGAGAAUGAUUCCCCAGAGCCUCCGGAAAUGCUGAAACGGAUGGUGCCUUUCAACUCGUCUUUUAAAUCAAACAGCAAACGACAAGGAUUUCAGAAAUACGAGGAAGAUUUUGAUCCCUACUCCAUGUUCUCCUCGGACCAGAUAGACGGGCGAGAUGUGAGACUGCUGAGAAUCAAGAAGACUGGACAGCUUGACGUUGCUCUGGAGGGAGGUGCCGACUCUCCGUUGGGAAAGUUGGUGAUAUCUUCUGUGUAUGAAGGUGGAGCUGCAGAUAAGCACGGUGGCGUUGUACCCGGGGAUGAACUUAUGGCUGUAAAUGGGAAGAUCCUGAUCGAUGCCACAUUGACUGAGGGACAAAACUCUCUGGCUCGGGCCUGGAAUAGUGGAGGGGACUGGAUUGAUGUUGUGAUUGCUAUUUCCCCUCCGAAAGAAUAUGAAGAUGAAGUAACAUUCUUCUAGUCUCAUCAACAACCUGCCAAGAAAACCACACUGAUGAAGAAGCUUUUCAUAGUUGAUGAUUCCUUCAGGAUUCACCGUCAAGCUGAAGAUGGUCUUUUGUUUCUGCUUAGCAUUACUAAAGGCUCUUUUUAAGCCUUGUGUCAUGUAUCAAUAUAUUGACACCAUACAGUCAAUAAGUAUCAUCAUUGUCUUGAUUUGUUAAAGGAUGGUACAGUCAAUAUUCACUUGUCUCCACUAAUUUUCCUCAACUCUGUCAAGCCCAUAGAUGGUUGACCAUGCACGGUUUCAUUUGUUAGUAUAACAAUGAAGGGCAAAGUGUAAUCAAUA